AAACAGAUCGACUGAACUCAUCUGCAUAACCUUUCUUUCUCUGUUUUCAAAGCUUGAGUUUUAAUUGAAUUUCUUCCUCUGUUUUCAAAGCUUGUGUUUUCAUUGAAUUUCUGUAAUGGGUAACUGCUUGAAAUCCAGUGUAGAUCGAGAGAGAGGAGAUCAGAUGAUCAGAGUGAUGAAGAUGGAUGGAAAGAUGUUAGAAUACAGUCCUCCUCUCCUGGUCAGAGAUCUUCUCACUGCAAAAGAUUAUGGGCGAAAUUAUAUGCUUGCUCACCCACAAAAUGUUAGGGAUGCUCUGCCCCAGGACUAUAAAUUGAAGGGCGGUGAGCUUUACUACCUCAUUCCUUCCCAUCUUGAAGAUGAGAGCAGCUUUAAUGGAGGAGGAAUGAAGGAAAGAGGGGUGAAGGGAGAAAAGGGUAUGAAGAUCAAAAUUAUGGUGUCAAAAACAGAGCUCAAGGCUUUGCUUUCAGAUGGGUGUGUGAAGGAGAAAUGGGUGGAAGACUUUUUGCUGAAGCAGCUUGAGGCCAAGUUCCUGCAACUUCAACAGAAAGCUUGUGUUGCAAGGGGAAAAUGGAGGCCGGCUUUAGAAAAGAUUCCAGAGACUAACUGAGGAAAAAGAUGAACUGAGAGAUUAUUUGAAACAAUUUUGUUUGGCUUGGGUAGUUUUUGAUUUUCCUUUUUGGACUGUGGAGGAAUCCUUUGUCAUGGAUAAAGUAAUUUGGUGAUUUACAUCACAUCUCAUCAUUCACUUGUACAUUUUCUUUUUUUGAUGAGAGAUUUUUACAAUAGAUCUCCGUUAUGGUAUUGGAAUACCUUAUACUCAGUGAGCUUUGUAUUUUCAGAGAUAAAUGAAAAACCCAUUUUACUUGUUCA